GACAUAUCAAAAAACAAUAGCCCCCUUUUAUUCAUUCGGCAGAAAUAAAGAAAGCAGCCCCUUCCCCUCAAUUUCUUUUCUCUGCUAGGUUUUCUACCUUCCCCCUUUGAACCGUCACCAAAUCAUCGUGAACCCACCGUGGCUUUCACCGUAAACGGUGGUCCAAAGCCUCAUGGAACCGGGUUUUUGGCACUUUUAAAGGGAGAUUCAAUGGUGAGGCCUCUCUAUACCGAAGAAAACAAAGGAGAAAGAACCCCCCACCUUCUCCUUGCGUCGAUUCCGAUGACGGGAAAGAAAAUGGUUCGUCAAUCUCGACUUCGAAAUCUCCUCUCAAACUCCGAUGUCCGCGAAGGAGAUGAGGAUUUCAGUCGUUAUUUCAUAAAGGUACGGAUGCUACUGGCAUGUGUAUGGGGUGCGGGCGUGGCGUACGAGGGCUGUGGUGUGGCUGCUGCAAGUUGGGGCAUACGGAGGCCUGGAGUGGCUAGGCUGCUAGUGAGGGCUACGGCGCAAGGGAACCCUUGCCCUAGGGUUUGCUGACAUUGGGCUCGUUUUAGAUAUUGGGUCUAUUGGGCCUGUACUUGGGUUUGGGAUAUUGUUUUUGUAAUUGGACAGUAAUGGACUGUGGGAUUUUAUUUAUUUAGUUAUUUGUUUUUGGUCUGUUUGAUUUGUAUUUGCACUGGCCCGGGCAGAUUUGGCCCAUUACAAAUGUAAGGGGUGAAGCUAUUAAGAUUAUGAAAGUAAAAAAUUUAAGUUACAAUGUA